UCUCAACCCGGUCUUAAAUUAUGCUUGAGUAGAUCGGCAAAACGAGCCUGCCGCAUCGGCACAGAUAGAAGGAUUUCGUCGCGGAUUUUUAAGAACCCAGUUACAGAAUUUCAGGUACCAUCUCUGUUUGUUCAUCAUGAGUUCAAAAAUCACCCGUGACACUCUAUUCGAGUGUGUGAAUGCCGUGCUGGAUAAGUCUAAGGAGCGGAAGCGGGGCUUCGUAGAGACUGUGGAGCUGCAGAUCGCGCUGAAGAACUACGAUCCGCAAAAGGACAAGCGUUUCUCGGGCACUGUGCGGUUGAAGUUCACUCCGCGUCCCAAGUACAAGGUGUGCGUGCUCGGCGAUGAACAGCACAUCGACGAGGCCAACGCCAACGGCGUUCCCGCCAUGUCCGCAGACGACCUUAAAAAGCUUAACAAGAACAAGAAGCUCGUUAAGAAAUUAGCGAAGCAGUACGAUGCGUUUUUGGCGUCGGAUGCGUUGAUCAAGCAGAUUCCUCGUCUGCUCGGUCCUGGGUUGAACAAGGCCGGUAAAUUUCCCACUUUGAUCACGCACGGUGAGAACAUGCCGGGCAAGGUGGAGGAAUUGAAGAGCACCAUCAAAUUCCAGAUGAAGAAAGUGUUGUGUUUGGCGGUGGCUAUCGGGAACGUGAACAUGACGCCGGAAGAGUUAGCAUCUAACAUUAGUUUGGCUGUGAACUUUUUGGUGUCUUUAUUGAAGAAGAACUGGCAGAACGUUAGAUCGCUGCACAUCAAGUCCACCAUGGGACCACCUCAGCAACUCUACUAGAUCAGUUGGUUGUACUUCUGUUAACAUCGAUUUAUGGUAUACAAUAAAAUGUAAUCGGGAUUGAAGUCAAUCGUUGUCUUCGUUCGUUCACGCGGAAAAAAAAUUUAAAUUUCGAACAUUUGUGUGUGGUUUAGUAAUAAAUCGGCAGGAUACGUUG